AUGGAAACUACUAUUGAAAAUAAUGAAAUUGGUUGUAAUAAUAUGUCAUCCAAAGAUCUCAAACCAGCAGUUGGUUUGGAAUUUUCUUCUAUUGAAACAGCUGAUUUAUUCUACAAAGAAUAUGGGAGAAGCAAGGGAUUUUCUACACGUAAGAGAUCAUCAUAUGCCAGUGCGCAUAUGGGAGGUAUAAGUAGAGUUAUAUUUGUUUGUGGUUGUGAAGGUGUCUACGGUAAAGAUUCUAAUUAUGAUGAUUCAAAUAUUUUUGAUGAUGAUGAAGUCGAACAGGAGAUUGUUAAGAGGAAAAAGAACACUUCAACCAUGAGAACAAAUUGUAAAGCUAUGAUGCGUAUAGCUUUGGAUGUAAAACGUAAUAUAUGGUAUAUAAAUGCAUUUGUGGAUGAACACAAUCAUGUUAUGGUCUCUCCUAAAAAGAGAGUUCUCAUGAGGUCAAACAAGUAUAUGCCGAGUGAAGCUAAAAGCUUGGUUGAAGCAUUUAACAACAAUAGCCUCCCAGUUGGUAAGGUUGCAUCAUUAUUCGGGCAUAGUGAAAAUACUACAUUCACUCCUAGGGAUGUUUACAAUCAUUUGAGGACGGUUAGGAAAUCUUUAUUAGAUAUUGGAGAUGCAGAAGCCUUGCAUGACUACUUCAGAAAAAGAAUAAUUGAGAACCCCAGUAUCUAUUAUGCAAUACAAGUUGAUGAAAUAGGGAGGGCAGCAAAUUUUUUUUGGGUUGAUGCACAUUCGCGGAUGGCAUAUAGUCGUUUUGGAGAUGUUGUAACGUUCGAUACAACAUAUAGGACCAAAAAAUAUAGUAUGCCCUUUGCUCCUUUUACAGGUACGAACCAUCAUCACCAGUCUAUCACAUUUGGAUUUGCAUUAAUUGGAGAUGAGACAAAAGAGACUUUUACAUGGUUGUUUAAGACGUGGCUUGAAGCAAUGGGAGGUACUCCUCCAAUUUCAGUACUUACUGAUCAGGAUCAAGCCAUGACAAUUGCGAUUGCUACGGUACUCCCUAAUACCCGUCAUCGUUUUUGUUUGUGGCAUAUUAAGAAGAAGUUUGGAGAGAAGCUAAGUCACGUAUUCUUUAAGAAAUCGAAGUUUAAGCGAACAGUUAAAGCGGUUACUCGGUUUACAUAUACAAUUGAGGAUUUUGAAAAUCAAUGGAACUCCAUGCUAAUAGAGUUUAAUUUGAUAGAGCAUGAAUGGAUUAAAGACCUGACAUCUCUACGAGAAUUCGUCGAAAGUUGUGAUCAGGCACUGGAAAGAAUGUAUGUUAGAGAAAGGGAAGAAGACUACAAGUCUAUCCACAUGAAGCGUAUAUUUGCCUCACAAGAUUUAUUGGUAAUGCAUGCAUCUAAGGUUUUUACUCGCGUUAUUUUUAACAAAGUUCAUGCCGAGUUUAAUGCGUCUUUGAAGUAUCAAUCAACAAUAAUUGAGGUCAAUGGUUAUGAGCACUCUUAUAAAGUAUUCUGGAAAGUAGACAAAGAUAUAGUGGAAGAAUUUUCAUUAAAGAUUAAUGAGUUAACCAAAAGUGGUCCAUGUGGUUGCCAAAAUUUUGAAUUCAAGGGGAUACCAUGCAGACAUUUGCAUCAUAUUUUAGUAUCUCGCCUUUAUGAGACAGAGAUUCCACCUCAUUUUAUAAUGGAAAGGUGGACAAAAAAUGCUAACAAGUGUGCGGUUUUAGGUUCUGAUCGCUUGGAAAUAAAAGAUGAUAAGGUUGGAAUUGAAGCCAUGCAGAUCAGUCAUUAUUGCCGACGAUCAUCUGAGCUAGCGUACAUGUUUUUGGGUAAAUCAGAAAAAGCGUACGAGAUGGCAAUAGAUUUUCUUAACCAAGCAUUUGAGAAGGCUAGAGAGAUAGAUAAUGUUGAACUUGAAAAAGAACAUGGUGAAGACAUAACUAUUGAUCAGGCAUGCACCACCGCUGUAGACGUACCUGGCGAUGUUUCGAAUGUUACUACCGCUGCUAAGAUGAUCUUGGGUGAUCCACGCAUCUCCCAGACGAAAGGUAGGAAUCCUGAAAAGGGAAAAUAA